AUGCUAAAUAUUAAAUUAUUUUAAACAAGUUACUGCAUCAAUGUAUUAUUGUAGUAGCUUUGUAGUGAAGAACAAUUCUGUAGAUUUGUAUAUAGAUUUAAUACAUAAUGGCACUUAGAUCAGCUUUGCACAUAUUGCUCGGUGGUUUUUGUUUUGAUUUUCAAUUUGAUCUAAUUUAUUUUUCCAAUUCAACACUCAGCUUGAACUGAAAGAUGCGACACUGUGGCCCAGUGCACGGCCUUGGGAUAAAUGUGACGAAUCCACCUUCCUUUAUCUACCUCCUCCUGUCUCCCACAAGAACACACAGAUGCAAACCCUCGAAGUAGCGCCCAGUAACGAACGCCCCGUAGGCGAAGUGGUCGAAGAUAUCAUAAGAAAUACCGGAAAAUAUCAAAUACCUGAAAAAUUGAAGCUAAAAUUGCACGUCAACUAUCAAAACAACGAGGCGUCUAAGAACGACUCGUACCUCUGGUCAGUUGUUACUAAUAAUAGUCUAUCUACCAUAUCGGAAAUAAGUAGCCCACCGAUGACACCGCUAAAAUCACCCCUCUCCCCAGAGAUAUAUAGUUCAGUUUUCUUUGAAUACCCUACUACACAUGAAAAACCCGAUGUCAGAUUAUUAUGUAUAGAUUUCAUACUUUGGGAGCGAUUAUCCUACCAAUUAGUAUAUCCGAACGUCACUAUGGUUAGACAUAAUAGUACCGCGUCAUCUAAAUCUGGCAGCAUCAAACGUAUAAUGAGCAAGAUAUCAAAGAAAAUUAGACUUUCUGAUGAUAGUGAGAAGAGCGAAAUUGCCGUAUUAUCGUUGCCCGGGCUUAGUUCUCCUAGUAAAACUGUAAGCGAUUUACCGAGGGAAGUAAAACGUAUUCCUUUGUCCUCUACCCUGUUGCUCCUCUCCCAGACAAGGAAACUUCUUUUCCCGGAGGGUGUAUGGUACUAUAACUACCUGGAUUGUUUCGAAGUGAAGGAGAUGAAGCGGCGGCAGGAGGCGGCGGAGGCGGCGGAGCGCGAGCGGGCGGAGCGCGAGGCGGCGGCCGCGGCGGAGGCGGCGCGCGCGGAGCAGGAGGCGCAGCUGCGCGCCGCAGAGACGGUGGACGCGCCGCAGCCGCAUGUCGUACGGAGAACGUCCACUAAAGCGGCCGAGAAGGGCCAAGAGCGGCCGCACUCCCAGCCAGGUAACGAGCGCUUGUACUACCGAUGAUACCCGGCUGCGCGCAUGAGCUUUACCGUAGUUAACGGGGUGUCGUCUACAUUUAGUCGGGUUACACGCGCUCUGACGUAACGCCUACACUUCGGGGGUAGUUUUGUUUUACACACCUCGUAAGCUUUGGAAGACUAGGUUGUUUUUUUGUAGGUUUAUACGUAGACGGGGACGUAUAGCACUGAUAUUUUUUUCUCGUUGCACGAUUUCAGUAUUACACGAUUCACGUUUUUCUUAUUUUACAUAGGUGAAGGUUUCCGUUAAUGACGGAUUGAUCAUUCAUUCCAUUUUGAUUUGGAUAUAAAAUUACACUUUUAAAUAUUAUUUUAUACCCAAAUUUAAUGAAACGCUCGCAAUCAUGCUCAAAUGUCUGAUUAUAUCACCUAUGUAACUAUUUUCUAUAUAUUAUUUCUUGUAAAAAUAUCUAAAUCUAAUCACGGUGAAGGUUUGAUAUGUUCUUGUCUAUAUAUACUGUCUGUCUACACUAUCUGUCUUUGGGAUACUUUACACACGCUUCUCUCUGAAGUUUAGACUUGGCGAAAGAAUUUAUUAACUUUUAUGAGAAUUCCAAGUCAAGUCUAGACAAAAACUGGAUCAUUCAACUCGAAGCUAAAAACUCAAAAUGUGAGUCAAGCUUCCCAUCUUCUGUUUUCACCGCUGUCUGCGUAAAGGUAGGUCUCUUUGAGUUUCUUGUCUGUGAGUACACGUUUUCUUUGUCGCAUGGCUAUAACUGUAUUAUAUAUUUAUUUAUGUAUAUGUUCAUGGCUUAAAUAUUUAUUUUGCUGACACCAUUUUUAAUAUCAUUGUCAUUGACUAACACGGCAAAAUCUUAAUAUAUCAGUUUAGUUCAAAUAAGGAAAGUAUUAAGGAUUACAUCGGGAAAGAAAUCUAUAGUAACGUGUAAAAGAACACUAAUGUUAGGUCAAAAACAUUACAUUUAUUAAAUUCUUGCAUUACGAUACUUAUUAAAAUACUUAAUCGAAAUUAAAAAAAAAUGCUUAGGAACACUUUCACACUUUUAAGAUCUACAAUCGAAGGUUAAUAUGAUUUAAAAAUUAAAAAUAGAAAAUAAUUUGAUAGACUAUUCUACUCUCUAAUAAUAUUUGUUUUAAUUUAUUAAGUAAUAAUUAAACUAUUUAUGUGUAACUUAUUUCUUUCGAUGAUACAAAAACAGUAUUGUC